UUUCCAGUCAGUUCCCCACCUUCUACUUCACUUUCUAUUUAGCUCCACCGCCGUCUGGCCACUUCCUUUAAUUUCGACUCCGUUCCAACUCUGCCGAGUCGGAGUCCCGUCGAUUCUUCGCUCGUCGAGUAAAUUAACCACGUGGUUUUCUACCUAUUUCAGUUCGACAGUCAUUCAGCCCUUUUAAAGAAGAAAAUGGCAGAACUUUUACAAAAAAUAUUCAAAGAGAACGUAAGCGAAAAUGCUACAGAAGCCGUCAAAAGGAUCCCGGCCACAAAAGAAGGUGUCACAGUCGCCUAUACCAGCCUCGUCGUCAUGGCCCUUCUUCCAGUAUUUUUCGGUUCCAUCCGUUCAGUUAAAUAUCACAAGGAGCAGAAACAGCACCACAAGGAAACUGGAGGGAAGCCAGAUACGAUGACAGAGAAAGAUGCUGCGAUGUUUCCAUUUCUAGCCAGUGCUGCGUUAUUUGGUCUCUAUAUUUUCUUUGAGAUUUUUUCCAAGGAGUACAUAAACAUUCUUUUAACUGCGUAUUUCUUUGUUUUGGGCGUUAUGUCUCUCUGUCAUCUCUCAAGCUCUGUUGUGACGUCCUUGGUUCCAUCUGCUGUUCCCAAUAUACCAUUCCAUAUGAAGUUCACUAGAGGAAAAGGGAAUCAUACGAAAGUGUUAAUCAAUUACGAAUUUACUACUUAUGACAUUGUAUGUCUUGUAAUUUGUUCAUUGGUUGGAGCAUGGUAUAUUGUCAAGAAGCAUUGGAUUGUUAAUAAUCUUUUUGGGAUUGCAUUUGCAAUAAAUGGAGUCGAGCUUCUUCAUUUAAAUAAUGUUGUCACUGGUUGUAUUUUAUUGAGUGGCUUAUUUGUCUAUGAUGUAUUUUGGGUAUUUGGAACCAACGUUAUGGUGACCGUGGCAAGAUCGUUUGAAGCUCCAAUUAAACUGGUGUUCCCUCAAGACAUUCUUGAAAAAGGCCUUACUGCUGACAACUUUGCAAUGCUCGGACUUGGAGACAUAGUGAUUCCUGGGAUAUUUAUUGCUUUACUUCUGCGUUUUGAUAACAGCCUCAACAGAAACACUAAAACAUACUUCUAUUCCACAUUAACUGCAUAUUUCUUAGGAUUGGUUGCAACGAUUUUAGUAAUGCAUGUUUUUAGCCAUCCACAGCCAGCACUUCUUUAUCUUGUACCUGCCUGCCUUGGAACACCAAUUCUAAUAGCAUUAGUAAGGGGAGACAUAAAUGCUCUGUUUCAAUAUGAAGACCACCCAAGUAAAGAUUCUACUGAAUCCAAGAAAACUAGUAGUUCUGGCAGUUCAAACCAACAUGGAAAAGUUUCUCCAAAAUCCAAGAAAAAUAAGUAAAAUUUUCUGAAUUUGUUCGUACUAUUAAUAGUUGUCAACUAUUUUUAUAAAUUCAAGGUUUUUGUGCCUACAAAACAAUCAGGUGCUGCUAUUUAAAUAGUUUGUACAAUUUCAUCAAAAUUAAAUCGUUAUAUACCAAAAGUUCAGGUGUUUUGAGGAAAUCAUUUGCAUUGUUUAAAUAAUGCUAUGGUUUUAAUUAAUAUUAUUUUUUUAAAUAAAAUAAUUCACAUUUUGUUAUUUGUAGUAGUAAAAUUUAUGUAGGGUAUUUACUAAAGUCUUCCAUUUCUUUUGCAACACUUCAACAAAUCAUAAAUUAGUUUGCUUUAUUUAUAAAACUAUGCAUUUGUGUCAUACAUAUUAUAAUGAUGAUUUUUGCUUUAAAACAAUCGGGAAAAGAUGUGCAGCUGUUGUCAAUCAAUACAUUAUAUAGCUAAGUACCAUAUUUAAUAAAAUAUUUGCUUUCUA